CUCUACCUUCGUCGGACAGUUAGCUCGAGCGACCGGAAAAUGCCAACAAUCUGUGUCGAGUGUUGAUGACGUAAGGAGUAUCUAUCUACAACUCCAUCGCGCACGAGGAGCUGCUCAUUUUGUUACUAAAGUUACAAAUUUUUGUGAGGAAAUGGGGAAACAGAAAACAAAGAAGUUUGCUGUAAUGAAAAGAAUGAUCAGUCCAAAAGAUCAAAGAAUAAAGGAGAAAGACCGUGCUAAAGCACCAGAGAAAAAGAAAAAGGAUCCCUCAGAAAUCAAAGAGAGAGAAGUGCCAAAGUACCCUUCUUGCUUGUUUUUCCAGUAUAAUACUCAGCUUGGCCCACCAUAUCACAUUCUCGUGGACACAAAUUUUAUUAACUUUUCUAUCAAGGCCAAAUUAGACAUAGUACAGUCAAUGAUGGAUUGUCUUUAUGCGAAGUGCAUACCAUACAUUACUGACUGUGUGAUGGCUGAGAUCGAAAAGCUUGGGAUGAAGUACAGAGUAGCUCUAAGGAUAGCAAAGGAUCCUAGGUUUGAACGGCUACCAUGUACCCACAAAGGAACAUAUGCAGAUGACUGCUUAGUUCAAAGAGUAACCCAGCACAAGUGCUACAUCUUAGCAACUGUUGACCGAGAUCUCAAGAGGCGAGUCCGUAAAAUCCCAGGAGUACCCAUCAUGUACAUUUCCAACCAUAGGUACAACAUUGAACGGAUGCCUGAUGAUUAUGGUGCUCCCCGAUUUUAAAAAUCAUAGUGCUUAUGUUGUAUAUGUAAAUAAACUAAUGUUUCAAAUCUCUAUAA